UCUAGACGCGUUGCAAUGACGGAUUGUGAUCAUCUGGUAGAAGUUGCUCCUGCACAUUGGACUGAGCUCAGGAAUUUGUUUCAGUGCGAUUGGCCAAAGCACGAGUUUGCCUACUAUCUACUGGGGAACUAUGUGAGUUGGAAAAGGCUUCACGAACCUUUGGAUGUUAAAUGUUACGCUUUAAACGAUGGCUGGAGGAAAAAUGGAUCAUUUGUGUUAAAGGACGGUUUUGAGAUAUAUUUUUACUCUAAAGAUGACGACAAAAAUUGCACAACAUUGGUACAACUUUUGUCGCAAAUUAGAUGGAACUCCUUCGACGAAAUCAGUAUGGAUUAUUUAGAGAAAUUCCAUCCAGCAGUUGAGAAAAUCAUCAGUAAUAAAUAUCUAACGGUGUCCAGUAGUAAAUUAGCACACUACUAUUUCAUGCCCAAGGAACAGGCGCUUGCUCUGCGUUCGUCCACCAUGCCAAACGGCUUCACGUUGAGUAAGCUACUGCCAAAGGACUUGGACACAAUCUACGCCCAGUGGCCUCUGAGAAACCAUAUAAGCUACGAGGCAGGGUAUGGACUGCUGAAACGAUUGAUACUGUUGAACGAAACUGUUGGACUGUUCAACGCAAAAGGCGAACUUGUUUCGUGGUGUUUAAGCGAUCAAACCGGUGCUCACUCCGAUCUUCAAACAUUGCCAGCCUAUUGCCGUAAAGGAUAUGGACGUCUGGUGGUAGAAGAGCUGGCAAAACGACUGGCACGUUCGGGAUCCGAUUCCAAAGCGUAUGUUUUACAUGAUAAUGAAAAAUCGAUAAAGUUGUUUGAAAGCGUUGGUUUUCGGAAAAUACAAAAUCUUCACUGGGUUGUGGUGAACGCUAGACAGUAA